CCACCCUAGUAGAAAACAGCAACCAACCAUAAUGGAACGCAAGGGAAUUAAAGAAAGAACUACGACAACAACAAGCGAGUACGAGGAUUUGUUACCUGUGAUGGCUGAAAAGCUCGACGUAGAAGCUUUUGUGUCUGAAUUAUGUGGAGGGUUUCGGCUUCUAGCUGACCAGGAAAGAGGGUUGAUAACGCCAGAGAGUCUGAGGAGAAAUUCUGCACUUUUAGGCAUGGAAGGGAUGAGCAAAGAGGAAGCCGAAGGGAUGGUUAGAGAAGGUGAUCUCGACGGAGAUGGGGCACUUAACCAGACUGAGUUUUGCAUCCUGAUGGUGAGGCUCAGCCCUGGAAUGAUGGAGGACGCCGAGACGUGGCUCGAGAAGGCGAUUGAUCAGGAGCUAAGGAAACCCUCAACUUGAUCCUUUUUUUGUGUUUGUAUUCGGUGCAGUAAGAUAUUAUAUUUAUCUUAUUGUUCUGCAAGGUUUACUGUUAAUGAAAAUGAUUAUCUCCAAUUAAUGGUCUGAAUAGAGACCGUA